CGGCACAGAAAGUGAUGGCCAGUUUCUGGUCAGUGGCUAAUGGUGAGUCGUGAUGUUUGAUGAUGAUCAUGAUGGGUUUGCAGGUGUACCACUCUUGGUGGAAGUCACCAUUACAGGUGAAGACGCCAGCAGUGCUGUUGCUGAGACGCUGACACUGCUAUCACCUGACGGUCGACCUCUCCAAACAAUCCUGCUGAACGACACCAGCCCAGGAGACUAUAUUGGAAAGAUUGACUCCCUCCCAGAGGAGCAGUUCUCUGUGUAUGUCAGCGGGAAGGACUCGAGAAAUGACACCUUUGGUCGAGUAUUUCCAACAGUUUCUCAAGUCACCACAAUAACACUGCAGAUUGUUUCACAAGCGCUCUACCCUAAGCUUAUCAAUGGCACUCCAGCCUAUCUCAACAUCUCCGUCACGAACUCUGGUGAUGCCGACACAUUCGAAGCUACAGCCAGUGCAGACCCUGGCUUUAUUGUAACCAUUUUCCCUUCGAACAGAUUCAACAUCAGCAAGAACAGCUCCGUGAUUUUAACGCUGAAGUUGGAAGCCAAUUCCACAUUGGGAAUCGGAAUGUUUGGUACAAUUUCACUGGUAGUGCAGGGAGCAAACUCGACGUCCAACUUCAUAGUCACUCAAGCAGAAAUUAUAAAGUACAAUGAUGAUGCCUGGCCUCUAUGCGAAACUUUGGUGAAAAACAAAUGCAGCAAUACGACUGAAUAUGCCAAGUGCCGAUCCAAUUUAUGGAACAUAACCAUCGGUUUUUAUGACACGGGAUCAGGAAUUAAAGCGAUUGAUCCUCCUGGCCUCAUGAAUGGCACCAUUGGUGUAAAUGUGUCGAAUGAAACCUAUUCCGGCGACUGCUGCAACACAACUCUAAGCGUCAGCGUCACGGACAUGGCAGGGAACACGCAUAUAUGCUCCUAUGACAUGAAGUAUGAUGAUGCAUCUCUUCCGACCUGCGAAACAUUGACUGAAACAAAAUGUCUCAACAAGUUUGAGGACGCGAAGUGCAAAUCCAGCACGUGGAACGCGACUAUCCGAUUCAAUGACACUGGGUCAGGAAUCAAAAUGAUUAAUCCACCGGGUGACAUGAGCAACAUUGGCGAAAGAACCUUGACCAAGAGCUAUUCAGGAGACUGCUGUAACACAAGUCUAAACAUCAGCAUCACAGACAUCGCAGGGAACACACGUGUCUGUUCUUAUGAUAUGAAGUAUGAUGAUGCGUCUCUUCCGACCUGUGAAACGUUGACCGAAACAAAAUGCUCCAACAAGCUUGAGGAUGUCAAGUGCAAAUCCAGCACGUGGAGUUCAACCAUCCGGUUCAAUGACACUGGGUCGGGAAUCAAAAUAAUAAAUCCACCUGGUAACAUGAGCAGCAACGUUGGCGAGAAGACGUUGACCAAGAGCUAUUCCGGAGACUGCUGCAACACAAUGUUUAGCGUUAACAUCACAGAUGUGGCUGGGAACUUGCGUGUGUGCUCCUAUGACAUGAAGGAAUCCACGACAUCGGCAGGGUUUACUGUUUUCCAUAUUGGCAUCUGGGAAAUGGUCAUAUUGGCAUUUGGCCUGGCCUUAAGUGGAAUCACUAUUGUCAUGUAAUUUCAAAUGCUUUGACAUGUGUAAUGAAAUUAGUUUGUUUCGUGGGAGAAAAUGCAGUCGUUUUCUGCAUGUUUUGUGCUAUUAAUAUGCCAACACAAGACCUGGCAAUAUAUUCACACUAACUCAGCCAAGUAUGGUGUGAGUAAUAAAUAAAACAGAGGGCAGAUAACGUGGUCUCCUCACGCGUAAAUACUGGUAGUGGGAUCAUUUUAUUGGCUUGCUUUAAAAUAUAUAUUUUUGAAUUAUACUCUGCCCUCUUUUCAUAUUUCUGGUAUAUAUAUAAUGAAUAUGGAUAGACGUGUGAAUGUCGGUGGAUGUCUCAGGAGACUCGUGCCUAUGAACCUGUAUACAGCUCAUGAAAAUCAUGUUGCACUAUAAGGGGUCAUCCAUUUAGUACGUACGCAAAAAUCUGUCAAAACUUGACCCCUCUCCCC